AUGGAUCCCAAUCAGAAAUUCUAUCGCCACUUUCGCGAUUCCAUCGAAGUUCUUCAAGAUCAGAUUGGCCAAUUAACUCAUUUAUCUGGGGUCGGGGGCGAACGACAAGAAGCUACAGACCACAUUCUCGCAGGUAUUAGCAAGCUUCAGAACGAAGUUGCUGAUGCUGCCGAAUUCACUCCUGCAUACGAUCGUCGCCAAUACUCAGAAGCAAUCAAAAGUCUGCAAGAUAAGCUCAAUGAAACACUGGCCAAAGUAGCUCCAAAAUCGCGGUUCCAAUUCAGACGUACGGGUACAGACCACGUCGACAUGGGCGCUCCAGAAAACGACCCGAGAUUGAAUCCUGGCAGCUUAUCUCGACGCCCACAUGACCCAAAAGACGCACCGGGAGCGACGACGAGAGACAUUUCAGACGAGGCCGACGAUAUCGUAGGAGAUCUGUCGCCCAAACAAAAAGACUAUAACCUCGAGCUGGCCAAUUCAGACCCUUCAUCAAUCCGCAAGCCAAGCUUCUCUGCUGCUCAAAAUAUUGGCAUCUCCGAUCAGACCGGUCUCCACAUCAUACUUCCAUCCUCGGCCUCGCGAGCUACGUCAGCAGGUUGGCUUCGGGACCUCAAGGACUGUGUUAUUGACCUUUCAAUACCCACAGCCCAAGGAGCCCCAUUCCCCGGUCUUAUGCUUAAAAAUAUCGAUAGAUGCCUUAUUGUGACCGGUCGUGUCAGUGGUCCCGUACACAUCAACGAUGUGUCCAACAGUACUCUUGUCGUUAUAGCGCGACAAGUUCGCAUUCAUGACUGCAAAAAUGUCAACAUCUACCUGCAUUGCGCCAGUCACCCGAUCAUUGAAGACUGCUCAGGCAUGCGUUUCGCCCCUCUUCCGUCAUGCUAUCUGACGGAAGCCGAUAAAUCAACUGAGAAUCAGUGGGACCAAGUUGAUGAUUUCAAAUGGUUAAAGACAACUCAGAGUCCGAACUGGACCACUUUAUCUGAAGCCCAGAGGCUUGACGAGGAAGUGUGGACAAAGAUUGUACCGGGAAAACCAGGCGUCAGUGUGGAGGGGAUACUGAGCAAGGUUGGGAUUCCGCCAAAAUAG